AUGGCCACCAGACUUGGUUUUACUGUAACAAUUCCUCGUUUUUACUCUGCUUCUUUCAGGAAACCUUUCAUAUCCGCUGCUGCUUCUCCUUUUCUGCAGUCUAAUUCCCCUUCUUCAUCCUCUGCUUCAAGGGUUCAUCCCUUUAAUCUUAAUGGGGAAAACUCAUUGGGUCGUCGGAGAUUGCUGGUUCUGCCCCCUAUGGCCACCACUGAUCAGCCAGGGCCUGUCCAAGAAGAAGUAGUUGAUGGUAAUAUUUUGCAAUAUUGUAGCAUAGAUCAGAAACAAAAGAAGUCUCUGGGUGAGAUGGAACAAGAAUUUCUCCAAGCGCUUCAAGCUUUCUAUUAUGAAGGGAAGGCCAUCAUGUCAAAUGAGGAAUUUGAUAACCUAAAGGAAGAACUAAUGUGGGAGGGAAGCAGCGUUGUCAUGCUCAGUUCUGAUGAACAGAGGUUUCUGGAAGCUUCAAUGGCUUAUGUAAAUGGAAAGCCAAUUAUGACAGAUAAAGAAUAUGAUGAGCUGAAAAUGAAACUUAAGAUGGAUGGGAGUGAGAUCGUUGCUGAGGGUCCACGUUGUAGUCUUCGUAGUAGAAAGGUCUACAGUGAUCUCUCAGUUGAUUAUCUCAAGAUGUUUCUCUUGAACGUACCUGCAGCUGUUGUCGCAUUGGGACUAUUCUUCUUCCUUGAUGAUUUAACUGGUUUUGAAAUCACCUAUGUAAUGGAGCUUCCAGAACCAUUCAGUUUCAUUUUCACAUGGUUUGCUGCUAUACCAGUCAUAUUGUACCUGUCCAAUUCACUUACAAAGGCAGUCAUUAGCGACUUUGUGAUCCUAAAGGGUCAGUGUCCCAACUGUGGCACAGAGAAUACAUCCUUUUUCGGAACUAUUCUGUCAAUAUCUAGUGGUGGCGCAACCAACAAUGUGAAAUGCUCAAAUUGUGAGACAGAAUUGGUGUAUGAUUCAAAGACACGUUUGAUUACAUUGCCUGAAGCCUGA